UUCACUUUAGCUAACUACUCAUCACAGCAAACGCUCAGUUUUACUUUACUAUAUCAUCUCCUUUAUUUCGCCAUAAAACUCACCUCGUCGACUAAAAAUAACGCUUUUUUCGCUACUUUGCAUCCAUUUUUUAAAAUUAAAUUUAAACUUCGUCCUUUAUCGGCGCCCCCGUAAUGUUAGCUUAAAAUGGUCAACAUUAAGGUUUACAUCGCUUCGUCAAGUGGCUCUGUGGCGGUGAAAAAACAACAGCAGGCAGUGGUGGGCUUCCUGGAGGCCAAUGGAAUCCAAUUCCAGGAAGUAGACAUAGCCAUGCUGGAGGAGCAAAAGUUCUGGAUGUACCAGCACAUCCCUAAGGAUAAGCAACCCAAGAACGGCAAACCGCUGCCUCCGCAGAUUUUCAACGGCGAUCGCUACUGCGGGGACUACGAGGAUUUCUUCCAAUCUAAAGAAAACAACACUGUCUUAACCUUCCUGGGCCUCAAUUCUGAAGCUUCCAUCAAAGAUUCCAAUUCUUAGCAAAAGCCGUGUCUUCAUCUCGUGGAUGCCAAACGUGAAAGUCCUCUAAAACCUCUUGUACGUGCCCGUAAAUGUCAUAUUUUCCAUGUGCAGUGCCAUUUUUCAUCCUAUUUAUGCCACGUUGCCAGGUAAUAAAGUCGAUAUAAGUACAUUUAAUUUUUGUAAUGGUCUUUUUACGCUACUUUCGCAACGAGUCGGUGCACUUUGUCUGCCCUCUUGGCCCGCGGAGCUUGUCAUUUCCCAUCAAAACACGCGUCUGUAAUCAUUUACCCGGGAAUCAAUAGAGGGCAAAUUGGCAGGGAAGUUUGUCGUUCGAAUAGUAUGAAGUUGGGAUUUUGCAGGGAAUAAUAUUCGAUUUUAUUUUAGGAAUUUAGUUGGAUUUUACCAAGGGUAAAAGUAAAAGUCAUUUUCAGGAGGAUAGAGUUGAAAAUAUGAGGGGAAUGUGAUAUGAAUUAUGAAAAUAUUCAUAUGGAAGAGAGGGGAAAAACAAUCUGAAUUUUAAGAGAAAGCCGGAAUUUCGACGAUUCACCUAAUGAAGUCAUUUGGUAAAAAAAAAAAAAAAAAAGUUGCAGGAAAGACCAAACAAAUUUAAAACUAGUGGUCUCUGAAAUAGCAGGCCUCUGCCUAAGCCGCCAAUUUCCAUUUGGCCCUAUGACCUUUGACAUCGUGACCCCAAAACUAAAUCACCUCUUCUGUUUCAUGUUACCAACAUAUAUAGAAAUUUGAUAAUAAUCCCUUUCUUCGUUCAGGAGUUAUCAUGAACACAAUCAUACAAAUUCAGUUUGACCUCUGUGACCUUUGACAUCAGGCCCUAAAAAUGAAAUCACCUCUUCUGUUUCAUAUUUCAAACAGUGCUGCAAAUUUGAUAAGAAUCCCUUUCUUUGUUAAUGACGCACAUUGAACACAAACAUACAGGCGAAUUCAAUUUAACCCCGUGACCUUUGACCUUACCACAUAAAAAUUUUAAUCUCUUGUGUUUCAUGUUACAAACAUAUGCUGCAUUUGAUAAUCUUCCCUUUCUUGGUACUUGAACACCUUGAACAAAAUCAUAUAAAUUGAAUUUGACCUCUGUGACCUUUGACAUAAUGACCCCAAAAUUAAAUUACCCUCUUCUGUUUCGAAUUUCGAACAGUGCUGCAAAUUUCAUAAUAAACCCUUUUGUUCAUGAGUCACCUUGAACACAAACAUAUAGGCAAAUUCAAUUUAGCCUUGUGACCUUUGACAUUACCUUGCCAAAAUUUUAAUCACCUCUUCUGUUUCAUGUACAAACAUAACCUGCAAAUUUCAUAAUAACCUCAUUAUUCAUUCUUGAGUUAUCUUGAACAUAAACAUACAAACGUCUGUGACCUUCGGCCUUAUGACCCCAAAUUUAAAUCACCUUUUCUGUUUCAUAAAUAGACAGAUGCUUUAGAUAUGAUAAUAAUCUAUUGCUUGGCUCUCGAGUCACUUUGAACACAAUCAUGCAAAUUCAGUUUGACCUCUGUGAACUUUGAUCCCAAAAUUAUAUCAACUCUUCUCUUUCCUGUAUAAACACAUCCUGUAAAUUUGAUGAUGAUCACUUUGAUGGUACUUGAACAUCUUGAACACAAUCAUACAAAUUAAAUUUGACCUCUGUGACCUUUGAAAUCAUGACCCCAAAAUUAAAUCAGUUUUCUGUUUCAUAUUUCAAACAAUGCUGUAAAUUUGAUAAUAAUCCCUUUCUUUGUUCAUGAGUCCCCUUGAACACAAACAUACAGGCAAAUUUAAUUUAGCCUUGUGACCUUUGACAUUACCAUGCCAAAAUUUUAUACACAUCAUCUGUUUCAUAUACAAACAUAACCUGCAAAUUUGAUAAUAACCGAAGAAUGAAUAAAUAGCUUAUUUUUGCACAUAAACAUACAACCAUCUGUGACCUUUGGCCUCAUGACCCCAAAUUUAAAUCACCUUUUCUGUUUAAUAUCUAUAUCUAUACAUAUGUAUUCAGUCAGUUGAGUCAGUUUGAACACAAUCGUGCAAAUUUAAAUUCAGGUUCUCCUCUGUGAACUUUGACCCCCAAAUUAUAUCACCUCUUUUGUUUCAUAUAUAAAACCAUCCUGCAAAUUUGAUGAUAAUCCCUUUCAUUCAUGAGUUAUCAUGAACACAAUCAGGCAAAUUCAGUUUGACCUCUGUGACCUUUGGCAUCAUGCCCCUGAAAUUAAAUCCCCACUUCUGUUUCAUAUUUCAAACAAUGCUGCAAAUUUGAUAAUUCCUUUCUUUCUUUAUGAGUGACCUUGAACUCAAUCGCGCAAAUUCAAUUUGACCCUUGAGACCUUUGACCUUACAACACCAAAAUUUUAAUCACCUUUUCUGUUUCAUAUAAAAAUACGACUUGCCAAGCUUACAGCUCAAGAAUUAAUAAAGGGAUUUUAUCUUGAACACCAACAUACCAGUUUCUGUGACCUUUGCCCUCUUUAUUCCCCACUUCUGUUUCAUAUUAUAAACAUCCUAUUAAUUUGAUAAUAGUAAUCCCUUUCUUCAUUUUUGAGUCACCUUCAACACAAACAUACAAAUUGGCCUUGUGACCUUUGACCUUAUGACCCUAAAAU